AUGAAAGUACUGAUAACAAUAUUGGCUAGCCCAGCCUCUGAAAACCUCUAUGAUAAGGUUCAAGGUAUGAUGUUGUCACUGGCUCAAAUACAAGGAUUGAAUGGUCACCUAGAUCUGUACAGACACCACAUGCAGCAGCUCAUGAAGUGGGCAUCACAAAGUCAUGACCAGUGGACCAAUUUUUCCAUCGAGAGGGCCCAGUAUGAAGUUCUUGUAUCGGAGUCUGGCCCUGUCAUUGGAGAGCAUCUAGAUCAGUUAAUGCCAGUUCUGAAGACCUGCCUUCAAACAAGCAAAGAUCCUCAAAUGCGCCUGAAAGUGUUCACCAUGUUGUCAAAACGUCUUCUAAAACCCAGUGAAACUGUCAACUCAAAAGGGCAGUUCCAUGUGCACUCGGAAACCCUCAUAAAGGACGUUUUAGUACCCAACUUGAAAUGGCAAGCUGGGAGGACAGCAGCAGCCAUCCGAACCAUAGCAGUGUCCUGCCUCUGGGUCCUCUUUCAGAGUGAAGUUCUCUCCCCACAAGAGAUUCUCCAGAUACAGGACAUUCUGAUGCCCACGGUGCUUACAACUUUAGAAGAAGACUCGAAGAUGAGCCGCUUGAUGUCCUGUCGUAUUAUUCGGGCUCUACUAGAGGCCUGUGAACACCAUUUAAAUCCAGACCAACUGAACAAGAUCUACCUCGAGGUAUUAAAACGACUUGAUGAUGCUUCAGAUGAAGUCCGAAUCACAGCUGCCAAAACAUUUAGUGUGUGGUUUAAAUGUAUUGAUGACCGGUAUGACAGGACCACCUAUAAGGCUCACCUGGAAUUCUUAUAUCGAGGUCUCCUUGUGCACCUUGAUGACCCUGAUUCAAACCUGCAGACGACAGUACUAGAUGUCCUAAAAGAGGCCAGUAUUGUGUAUCCCUCAUUAUUAGUGCAAGAAAUUGAAGCUGUAAAGCAUAAACACAGGACUCCUGAAUAUUGUGAUCAGUUGCUUCAGCACAUUCGGUUGAACAAAGAAAGUGGUCAAACGGAAACCAUGCUGCCGCUAUCGCUUGAUUCGCAGUAG